GCUUAUAAAAGAUGGUUACCGAUGUAAUUAUUCAGCAUGCGAUUCUUUAGAUACCUCAAUAUACUUUUCGGACUGACUCAAAUGCAACUGACCGUAAGAAUCUUCUGCUAGGAUGACUAUAUCUGCGAAAUAUCCGACUUACCGGAUAUAUGUUGCUGCCACUACACUUGUCCACUCAUAGUACCACUUCGUCCACAGGCCUUUAUCAUAGCAUAUACAACUCGCACUGAGAUGGUAACUGCUUUCAAUCUAACCGCUAUAAAAACGACCUUUCUGUCAUGGUAGGACCAGCGGGAAUAUGCAACCUAUCGUCGUUAACCGUAAAGUCAUGCUUGAUGCAUGUAACGACAUGAUAGCCUGAUUCGAUAACUUUUGAUUGAUUUAUUUCCAGAAGAUCUUCACGGUGCGAUCCUAUCUGCUGCCUACGGAUUACCGUAUACUUCAGGAUGCAUAUUUCUGUUUGGAGUCCUAUUCUUUCAAUCCUACGCAAAUCAUCCAGCUGUCGUAGUUUAAACCUAGUUCGGCACUUUGAACCAGAAAAGCUCAAUGGAGUUGGCAAUAAUUACAGAAACAAUCGUCUUCCAAAGUCGUAUGAAAGGAUGAUGCAACCCAUUUUUCAUAGACUUGGUCCACCAAACUUUUUCCGCUCAAAAAUGAACACUAUUUUACUUUCUCGCAGAGAAAGAAAAAUGUCAGAAUCCGUUAGAAUGUCUACUCCAGAAGGUCGAGCACUGGUUUUUAAAAGGCUUAUUGACAGAAGACGAUAUCUAUGGCCGCAUGCUUAAUGGACCACCAUUUGAUAGUAGUUUCAUUGAAAAAUCUUCCUGUGAACCCUGACCAAACUCUUUGGCUUUGUUAUUAUCAAAAAAUAUAAAUUACUUAUUGAAAUGUUAUU